GAUAAACACUCCGCGGCGGUGGCGGCUGCUGCUCUUCUUCGGGUUCUGUCACGGUGUUGGCGGUGCCCAGCUCACCGGCCCCCCUCCCCCUUCCGGCGAGCGCGGUCGCCAAAGAGGCUUUCUCAACCCUGCUCUGCGGGGUCCACAGCAGGGUGCGGGUGUCCGGCGGCGGCGGCGAGCCCGUGGGCAGUGGGGGUUGGUCCCGCGGCUCCGGCCCCCGGUGCAGAAUGGCGGCGGCGGUUCGGAUGAACAUCCAGAUGCUGCUAGAGGCGGCCGACUACCUGGAGCGGCGGGAGAGAGAAGCUGAACAUGGUUAUGCCUCCAUGUUACCAUACAAUAACAAGGACAGAGAUGCCUUAAAACGGAGGAACAAAUCCAAGAAGAAUAACAGCAGUAGCAGAUCAACUCACAAUGAAAUGGAGAAGAAUAGGCGGGCCCAUCUUCGCUUGUGCCUGGAGAAGUUGAAGGGGCUAGUGCCGCUUGGACCUGAAUCGAACCGACACACUACGUUGAGUUUAUUGACAAAAGCCAAAUUGCACAUAAAGAAACUUGAAGAUUGUGACAGAAAAGCCAUUCACCAAAUAGACCAGCUUCAGCGAGAACAGCGACACCUGAAGCGGCAGCUGGAGAAGCUGGGCAUCGAGAGGAUACGGAUGGACAGCAUCGGCUCCACUGUCUCCUCUGAGCGCUCAGACUCCGACAGGGAAAUCGACGUGGACGUUGAAAGCACAGACUAUCUCACGGGGGACCUGGACUGGAGCAGCAGCAGCGUGAGCGAUUCCGACGAGCGGGGAAGCAUGCAGAGCCUCGGCAGUGACGAGGGCUACUCCAGCUCCAGCAUGAAGAGGAUAAAGCUCCAGGACAAUCACAAGACGUGUCUGGGCCUCUAAGAGAGCGUGGGCUCCUCGGCUGCCUCCCGAUGGUUCUCUCGGCGGACGGGCUUAGGUAGUGUAUUGGACCCGCCCACAGCCCCCCUGCACGUAAGCUUCCGUGUACCACCUCUACCAAACUCAGCUUUGUAAACGUUCUCGCGGAAGUGCUUAGGAUUGUGGGUUUCUGAUUGCAUCCACUAGCUUCUCUCUCUGUCCCUAAAAAUUCAUCCGAGAGACUGUACAUUCCAAUCAAUUUGAAGCACCCAAGAAUUCUUAGACCGAAUAAGCAACUUUCACAUCUCAGCAGUUUCCCCCUCUUCCUUACCAUCCCCGUGUAGUCUAGCAAACCUUUCUUAGAGUUUUCUGGCUAUGUUACUCACCUAGCAGAAAUGUCCGAAUGUGUCUUGUGCUUAGGAACCUGAAGGAAACAAACUUUUAAAGUCGAGAUCCUGAUCUCAGAACUCCAAAGCAAGCUUUGAAAGCGGCGUUUAAGAGCACUUAACUGUGGACCUCACCCCCCGUGAGGAGUCAGGAAUACCUCCAGAAAACACCCCCUCACACACACCCUGCGCUGCUUCCCCGACCCGCGUGUGGAUGGGAGCAGUACUUCUCACUUUAGAAUGGACAUCUUGAUGGCAGGUCUCUGGGGCUGCACAGCUUUAUCAGAGCUCCAGUGGCGCUCGUUCCCACCCACCAGACGGUACAAUCUCUGCGAUGUGCUCUGGGCCGCGCCGUCCACUGCUGUCCCAAGACCCGUUUUCCCCUCCAAGUUUGUUAUGCUACUUGUCUCUGGAACAUUUUUUUUUCCUACCUCAGAGAUAAAUGAGAUCUCCAUUUCCCACUUAACACAAAGCGAUUAUGCCUUUUUUUCACCCCCAAAUAAGUGACACUUGGUCCAAUUCUAAUCUAUUUUCCUAUCUAACUUUCAGCAAUAACUGAGCUUUGGCACUAGCUGAGCUAGUGUCCAUCAUCAGUGAAAGGAAAAGUCCACAUUUCUACUCUGUUGCAGGUGAACAGGAGGGGAGGGUACAGUGUUAUUAGAAUUCCUCUCCUUAUUUUUGGAUACGCCCAGAAUCUUCUUAAUGGAGGCUUUUGGGUUGCUAGUUUAAAAGGCUGAUCUUUCUUUUUGGUUAUGAUUUCCCCCUUAAGUGGUCUCCCACUUUGUAGCAUUUUUAUUUAAGCUAAAACAGAGCACAUGUAUAUGUACAUAAGACACAUUAAAUCUAUAAAUACUAUUUAUUCAUUUUAUAUAAACUAAUGUAAUGGAAAACAAAUUCUUAAGACUUUGUGCUUUUAUAGAUGUUCUAGAAACUUUGUAUGUAGGUAUCUACAAAAUUGGUUCGUUCCCCUUAAUAUUUUUGCAUUCAUAUUUUUGACGUCAAGGUUUUCCACCUCUGACGAGUCUUUUUCAUUGAAUUUGAACCAUUUGUAAACCCUGUGACGCUGAAACAGAUUGUGUGUCACAAAGUGACGAGAACAUUCCUAAAAUCCACAGACGCACUGCAACCUAAGGGCUCCAAGGCUGCACCAGCCGGCGGAGGGGUGGGGGGGGGCGGGCAGCCGCCCAGCGCUCCCCGCCGCCUGCGGUCUCUGGCCCCCUCCCAGCCUCACCAUGCCUCCAGCGCCUCCGCCUUCCACACAACUCAGAGUUCAAACGUGCUCCACAAGGAAGCUCAUUCUGCACGUGAAGAGCGGGCCAAACAAAGAUUACUUUUGUUUUUUCAUUUUAAUGAUUAUUAAAAAAAUUUUAAUCGGAAGUAGUCGAUUCCUAAAUGCUUCCAAACUCAUCUGUCAUUCUUCUGGUUUUGUUUUCUGUUUUUUUUCCUUCAUUUCAGCUUUGGGUGGGGGGAGGGGCAGGUGACACAAAGGAUUUUUUUUUUAAUUGGAAUCUUUUCCAAUGACCAGCUGAAGAUUUGCACUGAAAUACAACUUGUAUGCCUUUUGCAUUUUUAAAGCCUGCUUCCUGAAUUUAAGCAGAGUGAUAGUGUUGAAAGAGCCAGCUCAGCCUGUAACAUGUUUGAAAAGAUGUAUCUGCACUUUGAGGUCCCUUUCGAAUGCCAUUCACGAGACCUCUCAAGCAUUUUAAUUGCUACAUUCAAGCGCCUCACAAGUCCAAGAUGCCAGAUGCCUUAAGGCAUCGAAAACUCAAGACUUUGGGCAAAGCUUGUGGGCUUGCAUCGGGGGAGGGAGGGGAACAGAAUUUGUGUAUUUGUUUGAUUUCAGAAUAAGGCAUCUGAGAGAUGCCAUUAUUUUCUGUGUUUAAGUUAAACUGCAUUUUUGUCUUUUGGUUGAAAUGUACUGUCCCAAUAUAAAACAGUAAUUAUUUGACCUUUGCACUGUUUGUCUGGUCCUUUUCAAUUUGAUUGCAUAUAGAAAUGUGGAAUUUGAUCUAUUUUUAAUGCACUUGUGAUAAACUGACACCAGGGUUAGACAUUACUUUUCAAAGCUCGAGGUAGACCGAAUCGGCGUGCCAGAUAGGCCUCUAACCAAAACUGUAAAUUCAGGACCAGCAAACUCAGCCCAAGGCAGCUAAUCCUCUUCCCUACGAGGGUGAUCGGCAGCCCUCAUUUGCCAACCUACCCUCUCAUUCACUGAUCCACCAGCGUGACUGUUAAGAGCUAUAAAGUCUUUUUGGUUGUUUUGGUUUUUUUAAGCAAAAUGAAAAACCUUUCUAUUAGGGUUGUUGGGGGGAGGGGAAUGGGCAAAGAUAUAAACCCCAGCCUUUAAAACUUUGACAAUUGUACGUAAAUAUAGAUGUGUGUAAAUAUAGGCACAUGCAUAUUUUUAUGUAAAAUUGAUUUUUAAAAACUGAAAAGAAAUCUAUACUCUUACUGAUACCAUCGCAAUGCAGAUGGGAAGGUAAGAGUACGUAGUCCAAUUUCAUGCAGUGAGAAAAUACCGGUGCGUGCUGUUAACAUCCCAGAACACAGCUUUCCCCGCCUGUUGGCUUAGAAUGGCAGGUGAAGCACCCAGGGUAUUUUGUUUGGGAUUCUUCUGCUAAGCAAAGAUCUUGAAUUCUCCAAGGUGCUGAUAGUGACUGCUGACUCCUUUCUGUAGUCACAGACCUAAUGUUAGUUUGUGAUGCUCUCUGAAUCACUUUUUUGAGCAGGACCUAAAUUCUCCUCCCAAUAAACCCAAGACUCCAAUAAUGCCCAGGACGAUUCAAAAUUGAGCACUGCAGUUGGCCACUUGAGUGGUUUUAGUUUUUAAAGGAAGCAUUUUCUUUUUGCCUCUAAGAAAAAAAGGAAAAAGAACAAAAGAAAUAGAGUCCUUACCUGGGUUUCCUAUGGGCCUCUCUGAUCCGUCCCUUAAGUGGCCAAGAGCAAAUGCUGGGGUGCAGGGGGAAAAAUUGUCAACCUAGGAUGGUGAUGCUCAAGUAAUGGUCAAGUGGAGUCUUGGGGCUCACUAUGGGUAUUCUGGGCUUUUUUUCUUCUUGCCUCUGCCCCAUCCUUUAAAGAAAAAAACUAUUUUUAGACAGCAUAUACACAUUAUUUAGGCUUUUAUACCAUGCCAUAUUGGCAAGAAUACCACUUUCAUUAUGCUUUAUGACAUAUUCCUGAAUCUGUCUUCUCUUCCUCCUCCACUUGCUCCUCAAGCUUCCUCCUUUACCUGCCCUGAGUGUUGAACCCCAGGAAGUCAAUGGCUGCAAGGUGAUUUCCUGCAGGUCAAUCUGUUUUUUGUGUGUGUAUGUCUAACUCUUGGAUGCAGUAUGCUUAGGUAGCUGGCUACUGAGUUUUAAAAUCCUUUCUGGGAGAAGAUGACCCAAAGACCCUUUUAGAGGGGGGGUGGCUUUUCUCAUUCAGAUCUCUGUGACUAUGGGAUAGUUUGUUUGCAAAGAUAUCUGGGGGUGGGGAGGGGUGUGUGUACUAUAUGUGACUUAUCAUGAUUUCUUCAUUAAUAUUUAUUACAUGGAUGAUUUUCUUAUACUACAUUCUUCUGAAGACGACACUGCCUGGCACUGCCCGAGUCAGCUAUUAAAUGGCUGAAGAAAUUGAGUAUCUUGGUCUUCUCUCAAAAUCAUAAAAUGAGAAUUAGUAAGGCACCCAAUUCCAAGAUUUAUCCACAUUUUUAAGUUUGAUUUCUUACUCUAUGGGGGGUGGUGACUUAAUGGGGCAUUCUUCAGUUUAGCUUUUACCUGAGAACCAAACUUGCCUUUACCCCCCGUCCCUAGAAUUGGUGCUCUGGGAAUAUUGCUGUUAACCAUCAGUGUUGGGGGCCAUCUUCCUAAUGGUAAACACAGCCUACAGAGGGGAGCAGCAGAUGAGAGAGUAUGGAAUUCUGUUUCCAGAUGUUUAUUUCUUUAUGUAAAUAUGACGCCAAUGUAAAUCCUGUGUCAAGAUCUAGAGAAUGGUGCUUUUUACUACAGUUAGCACAUGCAUUUUUAGAACUACUACAUGUUUUAGAGAAUCUUUGCUGUGUAUAUGUAAACUUCUGUAUCGUUCCACCGUUCACAAAUAAAUUAUUUCAUUAUUAAAGAAA